GCUCCUCCCAGUGGGCGGGGCCUCCAUGGGGGUCAGUCUCGGUGUGUUUGUGCUGAGCUGCAGUUACUGCUGCUGCUGGACGAGCUGUGCCGAGGUGAAAAUGAAGCGCUCCUUGGGGAUCUGUCUGGUGCUUUGCUCCGCUCUGAUCGGACUGGGGUCAGCCAUUCGCUGCUACAGCUGUAAGGACUACACAGCCAGCUGCUCCAAACAGCGAGACUGCAGCUACGACGACGCCUGCCUCACGCUCAACGAGAGAGGUGGGAUGACCUACCGCCAGUGUCUCAAGUAUUCAGACUGCGAGUACAGCCGGCUGGCCCAGAUGUUCCCCCAGGUGUCCAGCUUCACCUUCAAGUGCUGCAACUCCGACCUGUGUAACUCCGCCCCCUCCUCUGCAGCCAGCUCUGUGAUUGGCCUGCUGGCCUCGGUGCUGGUCAUGUGGUGGUGCGUCCACUGAGGGACUCUGCAGCGCCCCCUGGUGUUCAUCUGUAACAGCAGCAGCUACUCUAACAGAGUUAUCGAUCACUCUGAUCACAUCACGGCUAACUGAUCAUCCAUCAAUCACUCUGAUCGCAUUCACACAGAUCAAUAAAGGUUCCUUCCUCCCUCCGCUGAUCGAUCAAUAAAGACUCAUGAAAUCAGAUGUUUCCGUCUCAGUAACAGACGUCAGCAGCUGAUUGAUUGAUUAUGAAAACCGUUAAAGGCUCUGAUGAAUAUUUAAUGUGACUAUUGAUCGAGGAGAGCUUUUCUUAUUUCAGUCUGGCGAAUACAAACGAUGAAGUGUGACGUCAGAGUCUGUCCCUGUUGGAAGUGUUUUGGAGAAUCAGAGCAGGUUGUGUUUGUUCACAUUCAGUCAAAGUGUCCUUAAAGCAGCAGCGCCUCUCUGUGGAGCUCGUCAUCGUCUGACCGACGAGUUUCCAGCUAAAGUGUAACUUAAGUAAACUAUGACCUAAACGUUUGGUAUUUCUGUUCGUCCUCCCUGUUUGUUGAGUUGUGUGUUUGUCGUUUAUUCAGAACCACGGAAACACUAAGUUUGUGUGUUUAUUCAUGAAUUGCAGACCAGCAGCUUUAACUGCACAAACCUGGAACAUAAAACGUCACUUUGGUGAAGCUGCUUCGCUCUUUAACUCGGUUUGAAACGACGGCUGACCUGAAACCAGCUUUAACUGCCUGUAAAUGACCAUUCAGUAAAUAAAGGGUUAAAAACCGAAACUGAAGCUUCGGCACUUUUUCUUUACCAAUAAAGGUUUGCUCAAACAA